CACAUUAUCAACUCUUUGAAGAUUUUGAGUUUUGAAUUGAAGAAAAGAAACAAGCCAUGGGCGUGCCAAAGGCAAUGGACGCAUUACGACAGCGGGCGGCUACUGUAAAAGAGUCGCUGCACAAGAGCCAGACCAUCACCGAUAACAUGGUGAACAUUCUCGGCUCCUUUGAUUACCGGCUCUCGGCGCUUGAGACGGCUAUGCGUCCGACGCAGAUAAGGACGCAUUCGAUUAGGAGAGCGCAUGAGAAUAUUGAUAAGACGUUGAAGUCUGCUGAGGUUAUUUUAGGUCAAUUUGACCUCACUCGCAAGGCAGAGGCAAAAAUUCUUAGGGGUCCACAUGAGGACUUAGAAAGCUACCUAGAAGCAAUUGAUCAGUUGAGAAGCAAUAUUAAAUUUUUCAGCAAUAAUCAAAGUUUUAAGAGCAGCAAUGGAGUGCUUAACCAAUGUAACAACUUGCUUGGAAAAGCGAUCUCAAAGCUUGAAGAAGAGUUCAGACAGCUAUUAAAAAAUUACAGCCAGCCUGUGGAACCUGAUCGUCUUUUUGAUUGUCUUCCCAAUUCUCUACGGCCAUCAGACGAAAAUGAUGGUGGUAAGAGUCAUUCUGAGCAACAGAAGAGCUUGCAAACUGCUGUUUUUAAACCUCCAACUCUUAUACCACCAAGGGUUCUGCCAUUGCUGCAUGAUUUAGCCCAACAAAUGGCUCUAGCUGGCCACCAACAACAGCUAUUUAGAAUAUACAGGGAUAUCCGUUCUUCAGUUUUGGAACAGAGCCUCAGAAAACUAGGCGUAGAGAGACUGAGUAAAGAGGAUGUACAGAAAAUGCCAUGGGAGGUUUUGGAGGCUAAGAUUGGGAAUUGGAUACAUCACAUGCGGAUUGCUGUAAAACUGCUCUUUGCUGGGGAAAGGAAAAUCUGUGAUCAAAUACUUGAGGGUGUCAAUACUCUCAGGGAUCCAAUUUUUGCUGAAGUCACUGCAAACAGUGUGUCUGUCCUUCUUAGUUUCGGAGAGGCUAUUGCCAAAAGCAGGAGGUCACCUGAAAAGUUAUUUGUGCUUUUAGACAUGUACGAGAUAAUGAGAGAACUUCAGUCAGAGAUCCAUUAUCUGUUUGGGAGUAAAGCUUGCAUGGAAAUGCGAGAAGCUUCAAUCAGCUUGACAAAGAGGCUAGCUCAGACAGCACAAGAGACAUUUGGUGAUUUUGAAGAAGCAGUUGAAAAAGAUGCUACAAAGACUGCUGUUUUUGAUGGAACCGUCCAUCCUUUGACAAGCUAUGUGAUAAAUUAUGUAAAGUUUCUAUUUGACUACCAAACAACAUUGAAGCUACUGUUUGAAGAGUUUGAUGAAGGUAAUCCAGCAGCUAAAUUGGAAGCUGUAACUACAAGGAUUAUAAUGGCUCUCCACAAUAACCUGGAUGGGAAAUCCAGGCAAUAUAAAGAUCCUGCAUUAACCCAAUUGUUUCUUAUGAACAAUGUUCACUACAUAGUGAGAUCUGUGCGGAGGUCAGAAGCAAAAGAGGUAUUGGGAGAUGAUUGGGUGCAAAUACACCGAAGGAUUGUGCAGCAGCAUGCAAAUCAGUAUAAGAGGGUUUCUUGGGCAAAGAUUCUGCAGUGUCUCUCUGUUCAGGGUCCAGGUGGUUUUGGAGGUGAUUCAACCAGCGUUUCGAGAGCGAUGAUAAAAGAUAGGUUCAAGAUAUUCAAUACUCAAUUUGAGGAACUUCAUCACCGGCAAUCUCAGUGGACAGUUCCCGACAGUGAGUUGCGCGAAUCUUUAAGGCUCGCUGUUGCAGAAGUUCUCUUGCCUGCCUACAGAUCUUUCAUCAGACGUUUCGGGCCUAUGAUCGAGAACGGAAAAAAUCCCCAAAAGUACAUCAGAUACAGUACCGAGGAUCUAGAACGCAUGUUGAAUGAAUUCUUCGAGGGUAAGCAGUGGAACGAUCAAAGGCGAUAUAAUUGAUUUUGAAAUUUCUUAAUAAUUCCCCUGAGAUUUUGUUUAUUCUGUAUGCAAAGCUAAGCUUAUGUAAUGUGCCAAGUGAUAUAUCCCUUUCCCUGCAUGAGUUUUAUAUUUAAAAUUAAAAA